AUGCCCUGCAACACGGCUCAUGAUGCCUAUUUGCGGGCGCUGGUCAACAGCACCAUGUGCGACGAGGAUUUCCUGGAGGACCCAGUGGAUCAACAAGCGGGACCAUCGGCUCCGACAGCCGAGAAGCUUGAAAAUGAAGGUAUGUUGAAUUUUUUUUCAACUUUUCUCGGUUCCCAGUGAUCCGAGUGGGACCAAACUUGGAAAGUGAAUUUCUCGUUCAAUUUCGAUGUUUACAGGCGUGGAAACGAAGCCCGCAGAGCCGGACAAGCCGAAAUACGUCCGGCCGCCGUACAUCGUGGUCCCAGUGGUGGGACUCUUCAAAAAAAUGAAGGAAGCGCGCGACGCCACGGCCCGGGAACGAAAAAGGACGUUUCGAGAGAUGAUCACUCAGGGACCGGACCCGAAUGAUGAGCAGAACGACGAGGAAGACUUCGAGGAGCUGAUGGAACUCGUGGAACCGGAGUGGGAUCGACCGGGACCAAGUGAACGCGAAAAGAAGUUUAUUGAGACGAAGCGGGAGGCGAUCGUACGCGGUGUCAGGGAGUAUCUCGUUAACGAGCCGCCGAAGAAGAGGAGACUGAUCCAGCGGGACCACGCGGAACGAUUGAGGCGAGCACAACAAUCCGCUUGGUUUUUGUGA